UUAAAAAUUAUUACAGAAAUUUAGUUAUCAAAUCAUGUUAUUAGAUAAAAAUUAUUUAGACUAAACGGCGUUUUUAUUAUGUCAAACUUAUAUUUUAUAUGUACGUCAUUGUGCGUUAUACUGUAUAUACUGUUUAAUGUAAUACUAAUAUUUAUGUAAAACCUCUUUCAUCCAAAGCCGAAGGAAGAUAAAUACAUAUCUAUCUAUAUAUUGAAGAGUGAAUUUCCUUUUCAUUAUGCUAUGUCGAAUCGAGUAAACGUAUAUAAAAUUUGGCUUGUGCAAUUUUUCAAUAGUAAUUUUUCAACGUGUGCAAUUUGCAUGAUAUAUUGCAGAGUAACGUUCUCGACUUGUUGAUUGUCGAUCAUAGAUCAGUGAACACGAGGCCAUCCUGCGACAUAUUGAUUGCAUCAAUCUUAUUCGAAUAAAAUAUACAAUACAAUUUGUAUUACAAACAUAGCAAACGCGUGACGAAGAGAAAACGUGCACAGAAAAGAGAGAGUUAACCGAGAGUCGAUAUCGGCAUUUGGUUUAACCGCGUAUGACCUCGAUCUCCGAUCCGUUGACUCUCCUUUCACUUUAAAAGUGCUACUCCUAUAAGCACUCUUUCUCGCAUUGGUUUGGCACCAAGACAUAUUCAUUUCGUAAUAAUAUUUCAGUUUAUCCUAGAACGUUGAUCGCGAAUAUCCAUGAAAGCUAAGUCAUGCAUUGAUUGAACACAAACAAUUGGCACAUAUGCAGGAAUUUCCCUUUCAAAACAAUGACAACGAUAGUGAAAACUGCAGUCAUGCGGAUACUGCUUUUGCUCAUUUUCUAUGAAAAUGCAACAAGUUUGAUUAUACCAGAAGAGCUGCCGACAAUACUUUCUCUCAUCUAUUCAAAUAUUGCACCCAUAAAGAAAGGAACCGAUUCCAGACUUGGUGUAGGUUUUCGAUUAGGUGAGCAUGCCGAUUUUCAGAUUCUCAUUGAGUUGGGUCCACAAACUGAGACAGAUAAGAUAGGUACAUCUAACGAUGCUAAGAAACGACGUGACGUGAUGUUUGAUGCCGCAAUGAGAGGAGAGCUAAGAUCAUUCGCACAACAAGUAGCCAAAUAUCAAAUGAAACGUAGAAUCGAAAAAGAAAUGGAUAAAUUUAAAGCAAUGGAGGGGAAAUUUAAAAAGAAUCAAACGGAAAAAAAACAGGACGAUGAAAAUACUGUUCCCAAUAAUUGGUUGACGAAAUGGAGGAAAGAAAUAUCGCAAUCAUCAGAGGACAAUAUUCCAUUAAAUUCAGAUCAAAAUAAAGAUGGAAAAAUAAUUCAGCAAAGAAUAGGAAAUCUACCAACUAAAUCUGAUAUUCAUAAAGAUAAAUUCGAAGAAUUGUCAAAAUUAUAUAAACUACAAAAUACGGAUAACAAGGAAAUUUCAUCAUAAAUCUGAUAUUGGUACAAACCGUUUUCGUGGUUAUUAUAUUUGUCCAUCUUAAUUUUUCUCUUUUCUUACAAUUAUUAUUAACAUU